CGUGGCACGCGGAGCUUCAGUCUGAUCCUGCCUGUCGGACUGAGUUCUUCAAUAGAAAGUUUGUUUAUUAGAAGAAACAGAAGGCCAACACCAAGACCACGAACACGAAGAACAAGAAAAUAUUUAAAGUCGAACAAAAAUAAUUUUUUUUUGUUUAUUUUUAAAAUUUUUAAGACGUGUCUGAUUUAACGACGACUUUGGCUACUCAAGACUCACACUUUUAUUCUGUUUCUGCGAUUUGCUACAAUUUAUAAGAGAACUCUUUACUCAGCGGCAGUGAAAUGUACGUCAGCUUAAUAAUCGUCGGCGUGUUGUUAGUGACCAAAAUUAUAGCCGGGGAUCCGGUAUUCAAUAACAACAACAAUAACAAUCUAAAUGCAGAAAAUGAUAACGAUUUGACGAAGCGAGGCGGUACGAUGGGGUUCCAAGGGAUGAGAGGAAAAAAGGACGAUAAUAAUUUGGACGGCGACGACUUAUCAAAACGCUCACCCAUGGGUUUUCAAGGAAUGAGAGGAAAGAAAGAUCCCACUGGUCCGGAUCCCGUGGAGAAUCUAGUGGAUUAUGAAUACGAAAAGCGAGCACCUAUGGGAUUUCAAGGGAUGCGUGGUAAAAAGGACGAAAAUUAUUCGCCUGAUGAUGACUUUGGAGGUUUUUACCAUGAUUAUUAUGACAAGCGGGCUCCGAUGGGUUUUCAAGGGAUGCGCGGUAAGAAAGAGAUGCCGUUCGAAGAAGAGUAUUUCAAAAGAGCUAUGAUGGGAUUCCAGGGAAUGCGUGGAAAAAAAUCACUGGAGGAGGUCGUAGACGAAAUCGAAGAAGGAGCAGACUACUACGGGAUUCCCGUUGACAGACAAUUACUCUACGAAUAUUUGGACGAUUACGAGAAACGAGCUGCUGCGACAGGUUUCCACGGGAUGAGAGGCAAAAAAAGCGAUUACGAAAGCGUCGACUGGGAUAAAAGAGCCCCAAAGGGUUUCCAAGGAAUGCGCGGAAAAAAAGCUCUCCUCCACGAGCUCCAAGAGCUCGAGAAACGGGCCUCGAUGGGCUUUCAGGGAGUCAGAGGAAAGAAGAAUGAGGUGGACAAUUAUUACGAGUAUCUCAUGGAGCCAAGUGAGUUUGACAAAAGGGCUCCCAUGGGAUUCCAAGGGAUGCGGGGUAAAAAGGAAGGAUACAAACGCACAAACAUGGGUUUUGUUGGGAUGAGGGGCAAGAGAAAUGUCAACGGUUUUUACGAGAUUGCUGAUUAUCACGACAGUCCUAAAUCAUUAGAUACAAAUUUCUUAGACAGUCCAAUCCACUUCGACAAAAGAUCAUCCUUUGGAUUCUUCGGCAUGAGGGGUAAAAAAAUUCCACGAUGGGAAAUGCGCGGUAAAUUUAUUGGUGUGCGCGGUAAAAAGUGGGUAUCAAAAAACUUAGAUAAUUCCGAUAAAUCAUUAAUUAACAGCUUUGAUAUUAAUAAUACUAAUAAAAGGAUAAUGAAUGAUGUUAAAAAUAAUGAUUCGUCAGGAUUUAGUAAGUCAAUUGUUUAAAAAAAUUACUUUUUUAACUGAUUGAUCUCUUACUGAUAUAAAAUAACUGUUUAUAUUAAUAAUAAUAACUAUACUAACUGCUAAAUAUUUUCCACAGAUAACCAGUAAUGUGGCAAAUAAAAUUUAUUUAUCCGCAAUCCGGAAAGUAAACUUUCAAUUCCUUAACAACCAAACUACAAAUUUAUAAAUAUAUAUUAGACUUUUUUUUUAAACCUAUGUCAGUAUUAAUUUUGAAAACUAUUUAUAAUUUAUGUUAUCGAUGUCCGCAACUUAUUUAAUUGUUAAAAAAACAGAAUAACAUAAUUGUAAACUUUACGGACUUAGUCAAAAACAAAUAGGCACUAUAUUUUUCUCUGAAUGUUAUUAAUAGUUAUUAUAAAUAUAUAUUAAAUAUAAAGUAUAUAAAAGGAAUUAAUACCUAUGUGUCAUUGGAUGAUAGGAAUCCAUGAUUGUAACGAAGAUGUUUUAUUUAAAUUUAUAAAGUCUGGUAAUUACUAAUUACUAAAAUUAUGACCAAAUUUUGUUGACAAGUAUCAUACUUCAGUCACACAAGCUGUUUUUUUUUUUAAUUAUGUUCGCUUGUAUUAUUAUUAAGAAUUUAAUUAAAUCUUUAUUUUUUAUUAUAAUUAAUUAUUAACUAUUGUGUUAAUUGAUCGUUUAAUAAUUACUUGUAUACGAAUAUAAAAUUAUACUUAAUUAAUAAUGUUCUCUGGGCUGGAAGAGAAAUCAUUAAAAAAUUUGCAUAUUUAUUGUAAAAAAAAUGUUACUUUAAUAAUUCAGUUGAGAAUUAAAAACAAUAUUUUAAGUGUUAGAAAAUUAUUGAUACAAUUUAUGUAUUCGAUUUAAUGUGUUUGCGUGUGAAAAAAAUUCGUUGACUCAAGUAUGGUAAAACGAAAUUCUAAAAAAAAAUUUAUGUCUGUAAUAAGUUAGUUAAUUAUUUACUUGUCGUAAAUUGAUGUACUUUGUAAACUUUAUUAAAAUUUAGUUGACUACCGUUUGAUUGUAUGUGAUAAAAUGAAAGAAGAAAGUAUUAUGCGCUGAAAGUUACAGAUUUGUGUAUAUCGAAAAACAGUGAUUUUAAAAUUAUCUAUGAAGAAAUCUAUAUGUAUUACUAAAAAUAUAUAUUGUAAACUGGAGUUAUAAAUGGAUGUAUAUAUGGCAGGUAUAUUUAAUAAAUAUAUUAAAUAAUUGUAAUAAUAUUAAUAAUAAUAAAUGAAUGACAACAACGUAGUUAUGACCCCGGUGAAAUAAACUGAAUGAAGUAAAUAUUAAAUAAAUAUAUUAAUAUUAUAUCAAAAUUUGUUUAUGGAUUGUAAUUUUAUUGAAAUUGAAAAAGAUUAUUAUAUUUGAUGUAACGUAACAUAUAGAUGCAAUAUAUUCUGUCUUCAUAAAUAAAAAUUAUAAUGCAUAUUAUAUAUUAAUUAAUAAAAACAAUUCAUUAUGUUAA